AUGCGUGCCUUUACACCGCUGCUCUUUCUGCUGAUGUUGCUUCUCCCUGUGCGAGAGGUGAGCGGGAUGGACCAAAUACAGGUUCACUCUGUCGUUCCACCAAUUCUGCAAAACUACUGGGAAAGUGGUAUGCGUUUUUGGUCCUUUGGCCUCAGCACGGUCGUGACGGAUAAUUAUAUCCGUCUUACGGGAAGAUCACCCGGUGCCAAGGGGUAUUUAUGGAAUCGGCAUGCAAAUCACAUGGAAUCCUUUGAACUCAACGUCACGUUGCAGAUGCGCGGGCGUCACGUGGGUGGGCGUGGUGAUAUGAGUGACAGUGGCAUUGGUAUCUGGUACACCACUGUGAAAAAGAUUACUGGAGACACGGAUACGGAGUUCUUUGGCUUUAGCAAACGUUUCUUUGGUGUGGGCGUAAUUUUGGGGCAUUACGAUGAUAUUUCGCUUGUUCAAAAUGACAACAGUUCUGACAUGGAUCGCCGAUCCUUGUUGUCGCGUCGCCAAGGUCACUGUCGGGUGCCUUCGCUGGGCGAGCUUCACAUUACCAUUACUAUCCACUAUAAUUCAGGCACCAUUAGCGUGUUCUACGUGACCCACAUGGACGAGGAGCCACGCUUGGAGGAUUACAGCCGAGCAGUUUUUUGUACAACGGCUUCCUCGCCUUCCCUUCUUGGCAUGUAUCAUUUUGGUGUCACAGCUGUGAACUCUGCAACAGCUCAGGCUAUUCAUGAAAUUCAUAGUGUCAUCAUGACCCCCUUAUCAGAUGUAGCUCAUCACAAAGAGGAGGAAAAACAGGCUGCUCAGUUCCGCUUGUUUGACGAGGAAGCAAAUGCAACGGAGAAGGAACUUUUGGAUGGUUGA